AAUACAUUCAUCGGACGGAAAAGAUGUGAAAAUGUUACGGUCAAUCGCGAUGUGAUGUGAAAAGUGAUCGAGCAAAAUUUGACCAAUUUUGGGAAUUUAAUCUUGCGAGGAAUUUCCGUCGAUCAAUCAUUACGUCAUAAUUAUGUGCACCAAGAACCUGUCGUGCCCGUUGUGCUGUCAAUCAAUAUUUCCGAACAUCGAUGCUCUACGAUUAAGCCUGCUAAAAGUUACAUCGCGACCAGUGAAAUGUCCGAUCUGCGCUGACGAGCUGCUAGGAUUGGAUAAGCUGACGAUCCACCUUUUUGGGCAUUCGAUUCUGGGGAAGGAUGAGACGAGCACAGCAGACUUGGAUAAGAAGAAAAUGGUAACAGGUGCGUUAAAGAAUGUUCGUAAAACUAAGAAGGAUUGCGUUCCAGGAAGCAGUGGGCAACAAAAUAUGACACGAACCAACCAAAGGCAGCCAACGCAAAUUAAAGUCAAAUGCGACCUUUGUGGAGCCGAAUUUCGCGACGAGAAUUUGCUCAAAAUGCAUUCCUGUGUCUCACACGGAAUUGGUGGAAAUUCGGAUGGAAUGGAGCCACGGUUUCCAUGCAACAUGUGUUCAAAAACAUUCAAGAUGAAGGGCUCCCUCAAAAUUCAUAUGAGGGUCGUACACUUAGGAUGUCCAAGGAAGAAUUCGUCUAAUACUAGUUGUACGAGUAGUAGUACUACAACGACAAUUACGACCACUGCAGCGAUACCUGUUUACCAUGGUAGUGACGUAACUCAAUGCAAUCUGGCAGUACGUAGCACUGCAAAUCCUACAACUGCCACUCCUCCGCCACUACAUCCUAUCCUACCUCAACCAUUGAUAAUGACCCAACGAUCGACACCUCAUUCUCCGUUGCAGUCGGCAACGUCCCUCACGAUUACUACUCCGAAUAGCAGUGAACCUCAGAUCAUCAAGAUACUGGACCCACGGCAGUUGACCGAAUAUGUCUACGUAACAAAUCAACAGUCCCAGCAACAACAACAACAUCAGCUUCAACUGUCGCCACAGCCCCCGCCGUUGCAACAGCAACACGUUGUUGAACGUAUCGUCGCUAACAGUACUCCGCCUAGCGUUCCUUCGCCACUACCCGCCACUCCUUCGCCAAGCUUUAGCAGCAGCAUUGGUAUUUGUGGAGCAGGGGGAGGUAGUUCCGUGCCUUCUCCUUCACAGCUGUCUCAACCGCCUACACCACAAUCCAUGAGUAACAUCAAUUCUUACUCCAGUGACAGUAGCAGCAAACCGUGGGAAUGCGAUGUAUGCUUGAAAAGCUUUACCACAAAAUAUUUCCUCAAAAAGCACAAACGGCUCCACACAGGAGAAAUGCCGUAUUCGUGUCACAUCUGCGGUAAAGCAUUUACGUUUCAGCAAUCAUACCAUAAACAUUUGCUCUACCAUAGUGACGAGAAGCCGCAUGCUUGCACGAUCUGUGGACGAGCCUUCAAAGAACUUUCGACGCUGCACAACCACGAGCGGAUUCAUAGCGGAGAGAAGCCAUUUUCUUGCGAAACUUGUGGCAAGUGCUUCCGACAGCGUGUGUCAUACCUAGUCCAUAGGCGAAUCCACACCAACACCCAACCGUAUAAGUGUACCGCCUGUGACAAAAGCUUUCGCUACAAGGUGUCCCAACGCACCCACAAAUGCCCUGCUCAACCGCCCGGUAUGGUAAUUCGUCAAACAGGCGAUCUUCUACAGAAACUACUCCAAUCAUCAGCAAUCCUUCCAACGCUUGCCGAAGGGUCACCGCUGCCUGUAUUAACUCCACCGCCAGCACCACCACCGUCACUGGAAACUCCCGAUCAUCAACUGCAGCAGCAGUCAGAUCAUGAUGAGCUUCAUGACAUCAAAUCAGAGGAUGACAUCAACCGAACCUUGGACGAGCUUUUGAACGAGUCCUACGAUAAGAUGGGUAUCAGUGAACACCAAACUAGCUAUCAAGGGGACCACCAGCACAACCAUCCAUAUGCACAGAUCGGCCACCAUCAACAUCAAACCUCUGCAACGAUGGAACCAGGUGCAAGCGGUUCCGGUGAUACUGGGCUAAUCGUGCCGCGGAUAGAAAAUUUGUGCCUGCUGUCUCCCAGUCCAAUGGGUUUCGAUGGCGAAGCAAUGGAAGUGAUCGAUUCCAUUAAGCUGGAUUUGUUGUAUAAUUAGAAACUUUAUACAAAAUUGACCUUAUAUAUAUAUACCAUGUUAAGUGAACAUACAAAUUUGAUACGUUAUUUAAA